AUGAUUGAAAUGCAAGAGCAGUUUCAAAGGCUUGUGGUAAAACAAAUGAAACAACAACAAGCUUUUUAUGAACGACAAGAAAGUAAAGAAAACGAUAAAGCAAUGACAGUGAAAUUACCAAAGUUAGAUAUGUGCUCCUUCAACGGAGAUAAGUUGAGAUGGCACGAAUUCUGGGACACAUUCAAUACAUCAGUGCAUAGUAAUAAAAAUAUCUCCGAUAUUCAGAAGUUCAAUUACUUACGAGGUAAAUUAUACGGAGAAGUGAAGAGUACAAUAUCUGGUUUGGAACUUUCUGUUGUAAAAUUACUCUCUGAACGUUAUGGAAACGAACAGGAGUUGAUCGAUUUACACUACAACAAAAUUAUCAACAUUCAAAGUGCAUACAAUAGUGUGCAAAGUUUGAGAACGUUUCUUGAUACCAUGGAAAGGCAUCUCCGGAGUUUAGAGGUGUUACAUCAACACAUUAAUCAAGAUGUGUUUAUUGCAAUGAUUAGAGGAAACCUUCCAGAGAACGUGCUCGUACAACUAGAAAUGUUGAACGGAGCAAACAAUAAGUGGACAUUGCAAUCACUCCGUGGGAGACUAAAAGACUAUAUAGUUGCUCGUGAGAGAGCCGAAAAGAAACCUAACACGAAUGAAAACAAACCAAAGGUAAACACUGGGGCUCAGAGAAACACUGGUGUUGGAUAUAAGAAAGACGUCUAUGGACCAACGUCAAGUUUCGGUCCAAGGAGUGGCAUACAAGGAGAACAACGAAGAUUUACAUCUGGUGAAGCUUUAGUGGCUAAUAAUGCUAGCAAACAACGUCCUUCUAAUUCAGCUAGUAAAGACUAUUCUAAACUCUGUAGAUAUUGUGGAAGAGGACAUUGGAGCGAUGAAUGUCCAAAGUAUCGGUCGAUUGAACAGAGAAAGGGGGUAUUAAAGGACAGUUGUUACAAAUGCCUCAAAAUUGGACACAAGUCAAGUGACUGUACAAGAGGCAAGGUAUGUGUUUAUUGUGGUGAAAGAAACAGUCAUCACAGAAGUUUGUGUCACACCAAAUUUAAAAUAUCGAACUCUAGCACACAUUUAUCAGGGGAAGUAAAUAACGAGCAAGUAUAUGAUUGUGAUUCACCCGGAACUCCAUCGGAGAAUGGAAGUUCGCCGGAGAAUGCAUUAGUUUCAUCAGGAGAAAUGAUACUUAUGUAG